AACCAACUUUAUCAGUGACGUAAAAAAUAGGCAAAAUUUACUACAGAGCAUCUAAAAAACGUGUAAUUAGCUUGUUGGACACCGUAAGAUUGCGAAUUUGCUAUAGGGCACCAUCAAAAAGUGGUAAUUAGCUGGUAGACACUUAGACCAUUAUUUUAUUAUUUUUAGAGGAAAAGAGAUGAGAGAAUUUUUGAAUUGCCGAGAAUGCCCCCGGUGGCGCACCACGUUAUCCCGAUCGGUCCGGUCGAACCAGACCCAGUCGGUCUUGCCGAGCGGCGUGGCCAGAGCGGCGGCGCGACAAGUGGCCAGCCCGCGAUGGCGUCAACCGCGUCUCGCCAUCGUCACUGCGGUUGUAGCUCUCGCUUCCGCUUCAUGUCGCGUCCAGUAGCGGGUAGUGUUCGAUCGCGAGCGUCUCGUCUCCUUUUUCUCCUCGCAUCGCACGAGCGGUUCGCUUUGGGCUAUAGCGCUCUCUCGGCGUGGACGCGACGACACCGAGUCACCGACGAACGAGAGCACGCAUGACGCCGACGCUGACGCCAUGGACGAGCAGAGAGUUGCUGCUUCUGCUGCUUACUUGCUCGCCGUGCUGGUUUUGAGCCUCGUGGUGUCCGACUUGUCCUCUGCCGGUGUGGCGCCCACGCCGCCGGAGGUUCUUUCUUCCCCAGCCGCCGCCGGCGAAGCGGAGGCGUUGCUGGCCGUCAAGGCAGCACCGCAUGACACGGCCAACGUCCUCGCUGACUGGAACGCUGGUUUCGGCGUCAGUGACGGCGGCCCGUGCAACUGGAGCAUGGUAGCCUGUUCCGAGGCCGGCCAUAUGGACGGGAGCACCGGGAUGCCGAGGUGGGCGUCGGCGCGGUUCUUGGGCUACGACAUCGAUCUCUCCCACGCCGGCAGCGACGACCUCCGCGCGCUGAGACGAGGAGCGGGUGAUGGUGUUCACGACGCGCCGGCGGCAAGGAGGGCGUGGGCGCAGCUGUAUUGCAGCCGGGUCGGCUCGACCGGACCUAGUCGGGAUAACGUGAUGCGCCACCAGGGCAUUCUCGGCAAUUCAAAAAUUCUCUCACCUCUUUUCCUUUAAAAAUAAUAAAAUAAUGUCUUGAGUGUCUACUAGCUAA